AGAAUAACCUCGUUUCGCGAGCGAUAUCUCGCUAGUAUACGAAACGUCGACUUUUCCUAAUCGAGAAAAAAGAGAAACUUUUCGGUUUUCACUUCGACAAUGUGAUGUGAUUUCUCUUUUCAACGUUGAACUGAACGGUUCGUUUGGUAACCGCUUAUUGCAAUCGAACGUUUUUUAUUUUGUUUAAACGCGUUUAAAUAUUAUUAUGUGAAUUUCGUUGAUGCGCGAAUGUUCGAUGUUUUCUUUUUUGGUUGUGCGAAACGUUGGAUGUUUAAGGAUUCGAUGUGAAAAGUAAUUCGUAGGAUCGAGUGAUCGUGCUACACCAUUUAAAUGUAAUAAUGACAAGUUUUACGUUGCUAGCCAUUUUUGGAUUAAUACCUUCAAUUCAACUCGGUUUGUGCGGGAAACCGGUGGAGCCCUAUUAUGGUAAAAAAAUCGGAAGAUUGGUGGAAUUUGCCCAUGGUAUAAAAGGUACCGCGUACGCUGUAGACGAAAGUACAAUAUUUAUAAAAGGAUUCUGUUAUGAUGGUACUGGUCCAGACGCUUUUUUCUGGAUUGGAAAUUCUCCCAGACCUAGUCCCGAAGGAAUUAUCAUACCGUAUCCGGAAGAUUACAGCGGCAGGGAUCCACCGGUAUUACGGGCUUACAAUAACACAGACAUAAUUCUUAGGCUUCCGAUGGGAAAAAGAAUUAGGGAUAUCCGAUGGCUGUCCGUUUGGUGUAGGCGAUUCACGGUAGAUUUCGGCGAAGUUUUUAUUCCACCAAAUUUAGAAGUACCCAAACCGCGGGUUCUACCAGAAUUCAAACGGUUAGCUCACGGUUUACGUUCGGACAAUAUCAGUAUUUUAGACGCGAAAACUUUUUACAUUCCAAAUUUACAUUACGACGGCGCCGGUCCGGAUGCUUAUUUUUGGGUGGGAAAUGGAUCGGAGCCAACUUCUUUCGGCAUCAAAGUACCCAACGAAAUGGGUUCUCUCGAUCCACUAAGAGGUUACCAAGGUGAGGACAUUGAAAUUCAAUUACCGGGACUGUUAACGGUGUACGACAUUGAUUGGUUGGCGGUUUGGUGUGUUCAAUAUAGGCACAAUUUCGGCCAUGUUCAUAUACCGAAAGAUAUUGAUGUUCCUCCUGCCCUCGGCCAAACAAAAGUUUCACCUCCUUGGUGGUAUAAUCCGACCAGUACAACACCUAGAACUAUUCCUCCAGCAAACUGUCGGGAAUUUUUAGAUAAAAGAUUACAAGUUCGAUGGCAGAUAGAAGAUGAUUUUGUUGAUAUUAUUUUAACAGCCAAAAUACCAGAGGACCAAUACAUAGCUUUUGGAUUAUCAGGUGCCUCAGGAAAACCCCAAAUGGUGGGCGGUGAUGUAAUCGUCGCUUUUUACGAUAUGGAAACUGAUACUUUCCACGCUGAAGAUUAUUACAUAUCCCAUACCGCCCAAUGCGACGGUAAACAAGGCGUUUGUCCUGACGAACGUAUUGGGGGAAGGAACGACGUUACACUGAUAUCCGGCUCUCGCGAUAACGGAAUUACCUCUAUCAAAAUCAGAAGACCUUUGAAAACGAACGAAGCAAUCCACGAUCAACCGAUUCCGCUUCAAGGUUCAGUGUCCGUUAUCGCUGCUUUCGGACCAUUGAACUCGUUAAAAGAGGCCAACGCUCACAAUGCUGACGAUAAAACAACCGAAGAUUCACGAAUCGAUUUUAGCAAUUACGAAGACCACGAUUGCACCAUUGAUCUAGAGGAUUUGGGUACCCAAAAUGGUCCGAAACCGUGGAAACCUGCCGUAAUUAUAGGAGAAACCAUAUUUAAUGCAAGGUUAGGUCCGGCCGGCGGUAAAAGAGGAUACACCGCAAUCACGGGACAGCCAUCUUGGGGCAUAGCGUGGUACCUCAACGAUCUUCUAAUUCCGGAAAUCACUUUGGAACGCGGCCAGACGUAUACGUUCGUUGUGGAAGGCGGCGACGACAGUACCAAUCCGGCAAGGUAUCAUCCUUUCUAUAUCACGGAUUCGAAGGAAGGUGGAUUCGGUCAGAAGUCGCGCGAAGAUCAAAGGAAACAAAAAGUUUUCGCCGGAAUAGAAUACAACGAAGAAGAUUAUCCGUAUCCGAGUUUGGCCGGAAGGUAUUGCGAAUGGACCCACAAGAGCGUCGAUAGAUCCGCGGAAUCGGAAACGUUCGAUGAAUUUAUCAAAACUUUGAGGUUGGAAUGUGAUCAAGGCGAACCGGCGUAUUUGAAUUGGACUGUUCCGUCGGAUGCUCCAGAUCUGCUUUAUUACCAGUGUUAUACGCACACCAACCUUGGUUGGAAGAUACACAUCGUGGAACCUGGUUACAUCUCCCAAAUAAAUAGUGAAAUUAGCAAUUCACUGUUGAAUCCAACAGCACUUAUUCUAUCUUCGUUACUACUGUCAACGACGAUAUUUAAGAUUAUAUUUUUUUAUCUGUAACGAAGAGUCGCGUUAUUUUUAAGUAUUGACUGAAAGUUUUUAAAAAUUUAUAUACUAUCCAUGAAAAUUACUAGAUAAUAUUCAAUUACUAACAGCGUUUUUGUCAAAGACUAAUUGAAAAAAUAAUGUGCUUUAGUAAAUGAAUAUUUUUUCGAUAUUGGGUAAGUCCUACUUCAUAUCAAUUAAAUGUUUUAAAGUAAUUAUUGAUAAGGAUAAAAUAACGCAUGUCACUUAUACGAAAGUGCAAGACACAUAACACAACACUUUUAAUAAAUUAUUUUUUAUGUUAAUUAUGAAAAUAUGACGACUAUUCCCGAACCGACACGAGUGCGUCUGAUACUCAUUACACACGCAGUGUUGCCCACUCUAUCGAUUAUUCCGUAUAUCUACAGUAUUAAUAUUUUGUAUAUGAAUCUACGAAAGAAUGUAUGUGACAUUGAUGGUCUGAAACAGAUUAUAUGAAUAUUCAGAUAUCAAAAAAUUUCAAAAACGUAAGAAAUUAUUUUAGCCUGAAAGUUUCAAUUGGUAUUCGAUUUUUUUUUCAAUAAAGCAGUACGGAAUUUCUAAAUUUAUAUAUGGCAACAUUGAUUAUUCGUUUUAAUUUACUAUUGUCAAUAUUUCGAACAGUGAUUCCAAUUAUUCUAUCAUGAAUAUGAUAUAAAAAAAUAAUAGUAAAUUAAAAUAUAUAAUAUGAAUUUUAUAACAAAACUACUUUAUUUGUUUUAAAGAGGUUUAAUUAAUUUCUGACAGAUGCCGACUAUUCCCGAACCGACACGAGUGCGUCUGAUACUCAUUAUUACACACGCAGUGUUGCCUACUCUAUCGAUUAUUCCGUGUAUCUACAGUAUUCAUAUUUUGUCUAUGAAUCUACGAAAGAAUGUAUGUGACAUUUAUGAUCUGAAAUAGAUUAUAUGAAAAUUCAGAUAUAAAAAAAUUUCAAAAACGUAAGGAAUUAUUUUAGCCUGAAAGUUUCAACUGGUAUACGAUUUUUUUUCAAUAAAGCAGUACGGAAUUUCUAAAUUUACAUAUGGCAACAUUGAUUAUUCGUUUUAAUUUAAAGAGGUUUAAUUAAUUUCUGACAGAUGCCGACUAUUCCCGAACUGACUCGAGCGCCCGAGAAAUAAUAGCUUGAAACAUGUUCAGGAUUUAACAUUCUGUGUUCGUGAUAUUUUUUUUGUGAUAUUUAAUAUGAAAUUACCUCUAACCUAUCUGGUUUUCUACGUAAUUUUUUUUAAAAAACGUGGUAGUUGACUUUAUAGGUACUUACAAAUAUCAAAAAUAAACCUUCGAGCAGGUAAUUAUGUACAUUGCAGCUAGUUUUGAUUUAUCUGCUUUUACGGAUUUUUCUUUAAAGAUGUACGGAAUUCUUGAAAUUACAUAUGGCAACACUGGUUAAACGUUUUCUUCUACUAUAUUUCAAGUAGCGAUUCUAAUUAUUAUUGAAACGCAGACUUUUUUUUUUCUAUUCAAUUUCAAGUAUUAUAUUUAGUAAUUUAUGGAAAUCUAGAAAUUCAAUAUAAGGAAAGUUUUUCAAUAGACAUACUCCAAAUUAUAACCUCAAAUUUCUAAUAAAAGUGUAAUCUAAUAUUAUAAAACAAUUAAUGAAUAAACUUUUUUGUAUCCAUUGGUAUUCUAUGGAAAUAAUUCAUAAUACAGUAUCAAAAUAUAUGAAAAAAUAAUUAUUAUGGUCUUGCCCUAUCGUUCAGAUACGUUUUAUCCACAAAUUCUAUAUCUUCUAUACAAAAGUAGUUGAAAUGCAUAAUUUAUUACUUUUUUUACCAUAUUGUAUGUUAAGAUGUGAGUUUGCUCUAAAUUUUAACAUGUAAACAGAUUAAACUAAUUCAAGAUCUAUUUUUGAAUGAAAUUCCAAAGAGAUUAACACCGAUUUUGCUGCCAAAGCUUGAUUACAGAAUAUAAUCCCUCAAAGUUAUAACAAUUCCACUGAAUAUCUCCAAAAAUAUUGAUUUUGGAAAAAAAGUUGUGAAAAUACCUUCAAAGCAAGUUAUUUCAUCAAAAUCGAGAGAAUAACACCUAUAUUUUUUAUUAUUCACAAUGUACAAUAAUUUUUUUUGUGUUUCAACUAAUUUUGUCAAAUAUUUUUAAUAUUGUGAGUGAAAUGUGCUUUCUUCUGUAACAUAUGACAAUAAUUAGGUUAAACAGACGUUUUAUACAACAAAUGUAAUCUUAAGGAAUACGUGAAUUUACAUGUAAUUUCGACAAUAAUAACUGAAUUAUUUUUAAUUCUAACGAAGAUGUUGAAUUUUCCAUAUAUUUUUUCGAAUUUCACAUAAAUAUUCAACAUUUAAUAAGUGGCGUCAUCUAUUUCACAAGUUGUGUACUGAAUAUUUUGUAUUGUUUGCAAUACGAACAUUCGUAGUGACAAUUAUGACCACAGAACAAAAUCUUAAUAACAAAAAUGUAAACGAAAUCAAUAUUAAUGUAUCAGAGACAAUUACAUUCUAAACGUUGGCAGUAAUGGCAUCCAUCUUCAAGGUUGCCAGAUUUAUUAUUCUCAAUAACGGUAAAUUGAUUGUAUCUAUCGUUUGUAUUGUAUAGAUAUUUUUUAUCAUCAAAUAUAAAUGAAUAAUAAAAUGUAUCUAUCAGUAAAUAAUUAUUAUUCUAAUUGAAAUUUUUAGUCUUGUUCCAUAUCAGUUGAUUAGUAUUUACCACAUUUUUUGUCGAAAACUGGAGAAAUAUUACAGAGUGGCAACGAUGUAAAACAUGUCUUUCUGUCGCAAAAUCAGAAAAUAGUGGUCUUAACAAUUAAAAUGAGAUUUAAUGAUGAAAAAAGUGUAUUUUUAUAAUUUGUAGUGUGGAUAUUCAACAUUUUCAAGGUUCUAUAUUUUUUUCUAUAAACAUUCUAUAUAUUUUUUUAAAAAAAUUUAACAUAAUGUACUUGCGCCUAACCUAAAACGAGUAUUGAAAAUUUUCACGUUUAUAUUCGUUCUAAUAUACAAAUCUACAACUUCAAAGAUAUCUUUCUAUUUCAAGCUAUUCUUUUUCUUGGGUUGUUGUUAUUAUUAUAGAAUUGUAUAAGUAAACAAUUAUUGGUGAGUAAACGACAAUAAAAUUCAAUUGAAUCUUCAUAUAUAUAAAUAUAGGUCUUAAUAUUUGCAUUAUAAUAGUCUAAUAUGCACAAAUUACAUAAUAUGACAAUAAUUCACAAUUAUAGAUGUAAUAUACUUAUUCGUGGUGAGUAUUAGAAUUUUAAGGCUGUUCAUACGACAAUAAAACUUAUAUUUUAUUUUCGAAAUGUAUAAGAAGUGCAGUUGGGCCAAAGGAUGAAUCGUAUAUAACAAAAUAUGUCAUUUAUACGUUUUUUGAACAUAGUUUCAUGAUUAUAACAAAUAUUUCUUGUGGUAACCAAAUCUUGUUUUAAAAAUUUUACAUUCUCAGUGUACAAAUUUUUAUUUAACCUGAUUGAAAUAUUGAUUGCAAUGCCGGAUUCAUGUUCAGUGGGCCAGGGUGGUUAUGGAGGUGUCUUUUUAGGGAAUUUAAAGUUGUGUUCAACAAUAAUUCACAUUAAAACAUGAAGGAAAACAAAUAAUAGUAUGGAAGUGGAAGUAACGAAAUAAAAAAUUUCUCCUAGUACUCUAUGUUAGUUUAUUAUUUCCUAAGAGUCGUUUUAGUGUUUUUCUUCAAAGCGAAACAUUUUAUUGUUUCAUCAACUUUAAUACUGCUUUAUUUAAACUUGAAAUAAUUAUAUAAUUCAGAUUUUCUGUGCCAUUUUCCAAAAAUCAAAUAAUUUAUAUCUUGCAAGUGACAACCAUCUUUUAUAAAAAUGGACCUUCCACUACAUUGGAGGGUAUUCUAUACCCCGGAGGUUCCGUAGACUUCUCCCACAGAGCAAAAUUUUGAGGAUGCCACUGUCUGUACCAUAAUUGAUUAUCAUUUGAAUUAAAUACGUUUUGAUUUUGGAAAGUUUCUAGUACCUCUUUUCCAGGCUUAAUCUCGAGUAGUUUUGAACAAAAUUUGUGGAAUUUCGUUUCUGUUUUAAAUACUGCUUAAUGUCUUAGCACUUUUUGCUAACUUAGAUGCACCAUUUGGGUCUUGAAUAAGCAGAAAUUGGAAACAAAUUCAUUGUUAUCCUGAGUUAUCCUUUGAAUCAACUAUGAAUUAGUAUUAUAUUGUUGUCCAUACAGUUUAGUUAGAAUAAUUUAGAUAAAAUUUAGUUUUUUUACAUCUUGUACUUAAAAAAAUGGAUGCCCUACAACUUGUGACGAUUUUUAAUCCAUUAAGAUAAAGAUGCGCCAACUCGGAACGGGGUUAUUUCAGGUAAACGAAAAGGUAGUCCCAGUACAUGAUACAACUCGUGUUUGUGACAAGUUAAAAUGACAUUAGUAGUUUUACAAAAAAGUGGCUGCUCAGUAAAAAUAUGGCAUAAUGCAUAAUUGCACGUCACGAGUUGUCUAAUCUUCAUGACAACCACGAUCACGAGUUGACACAUUGUAAAUUUUAUGGCGGGUAUUAAAAUAACGAGUUGGCGCUCGCCCAAAAAAAUGCUUUAAAUGAUUUAUAAAUAAGAAAAAAGACAAUUAUGUAUUUUGUAUGAUCGUGUAAUCUAUGAAGAAAAAUUAUUUACUCAUGUUUUUUUUCUAUUAAUUUUAGUGGAUUUUUAUCUAUAUACAAAUGUUUUGAGCAUAUCAAAUGUAGUAUUCCAAGAUUCAAUCAUAUCAGCAAUGAAUUUAUAUCUAGUUCUUGAGACUUUUAUAAUAAAUUGAUCGUUACUAAAAAAAAUUAAGAUAAUCCCACUUCUAUAACGACUACAGUAGAUAUAUGGAGGGGAAAAAUUAGCGUUAGCAUGCGCGAACGUACUCAUGCCUUGGGCUACCAUUUUGAUCUUAGCUUCGGCGGCAAAUUUGAAAAUACGUUAAUAUAUACGCUUCAGACGUUACUUAUGUACUUAAAACAUGAAAAUUGUGAUAUUUUUAAACAUUGGAGUAAGGAAAUACCUUCCGGUUUUAAUGUUUUUACACGUUUGUCCCGCACAAAACAUAGUUUCACUUAAAAAACAAAAAAUGACAACUACAGUGUUCACAGUGUGACCAAAAUUGCACUACUUCAUGACAAAAACUAUUUUUGAGACGAAAUACCUAUUUUAACAUAUUAUUUGUGAAAAUAUAAUCAUUUUGAGACACCUGCCUCAUAAUGUCUAAGCUUAUUUUCCCCUCCAUAUCCAUGCAGAAGGUGAAUUUCACGAAACUAGAAUAACAGCACUAAAAAGUUACUAGAUUUAGCAACGACACAGCCUUUAAUAAAGCUAUAAAUAUGAAAAUAGCCUCAAACUAAAUAGUAAAUAAACUAAUAAACAUGUUCUUUUAUGGCUAUACGUUAAAUAGCAUCCUAUUUAAAUUAAUUCUAAUAGGAAACUGAGCACUGUUUACAAUUUUAACAAAUUUGUCAUAUGUCAAGUAAACUAGCUGUCAUAGAAUCAGUAUUGCCAACUUAAAUUCAAUAGGUGAUUUUAAGUAAAGUGAAUUGAAACGUGGGACAUAUUGUCGUAGUGAACAAAUAUUUUAUUUCAAAUGAAUUGAAUUGAUAGUUUCGAGCGCUUAUUUAUUGGUAAAAAAAUUCAAAUAAAAUACUAAUAAUAAUUUUAAUGUAAAUCCAAUACAAUAAGACGACUGGUUGUGUCGUUUAAAAACGUGAUCAUGGGUAUCGAGUUGAAUUAAAAAAGAAGAAUAACUAACCUCUAUUCUAGUAAAUAAAGGAUAUUGAGAAGUGGAUAUUAAAACAUUUGUGUAUAAAUAAAAAACCAAAUUUAUUGUUUAAAGUUUUCUAGGAUAAAGAAAAAAGGUUAUGAGUGUAAAGUUUUAGUCAAAGUGUUGAUAUGAUAAUUUUUAACAGCUUAAAAGGCUGGAAAUCGCGUUACUUCCGAUAUAUAUACAAUUUUAGAUAUAACUCUUAAGACAUAAGUGUAUUUAACAAUUAAGAAUUCAAUAAUUCUUUUAAAAGGAAGCAUAAAAAUAUUGAAAACAUAUAUUAAAUUGGUCUUUAAAGUUUUCCAGCUUUUUAAUGCAAAAUUUGCAGAUUUUACGUUCUCGAAAUUCCCGAGUAAGUUUUUUUUUUAAUUAUAUGGUGAUAGUUUAUUCAACUUAUUACAUAUAUACUUAGUAGUUCAAUCUGUUAAUUGUUGAUAACGUUUAUAAAACUUUUUUGUUUAUUUUUAUUAAUAAUACUAAUAUCUCUAAUAAAAAUUUGUUU